UAUUGUUUAUGUGAGAACCUGCCAUAGAAAAUUGAAUAUUAAUUUUUCUAUGGAACCUGCGAAUUGACCAAAUGCAAAUUAAUGUUAGGCCAUCAAUACAGAAGAAGAUAACCUUUUUCUGUCAAAUCGUUGGUCUACGCUUCUACUUAUUUUUAUUUUAAGGAAGCAAUUCCAUAAAAUUAUAUAACAAGUAUCCAUAUUUAUAAUGGAUAUUGAUCUCGUCAAUAAUUUGGAAGGCAGUGAUGAUGAAGAUGAGAUUCAGUUAACACCUGCUGAAGUUAUAGAACUAAUGGAAGAAGCUUGGAUAAAUGAAAAAUUUGCUCCAGAGAUUUUACCUCAUAAGGCUGAAAUAGUUGAUUGUUUGUUAGGUCAAAUAUCUUAUAUGGAAAGUAACAUACAGAGUUUAGAAAGUAGGGAUUUUAAAAAAAGUAUACAUCUGUUAGAGGUAGAUAGAUUACAUUUCCUAAUAUCAAGUUAUUUAAGAAUGAGGUUGGAGAAAAUAGAAACAUAUGUGGUACACAUUUUGGAACAAGAAAAUGAAAGAAUUCAGCAAGGAGUUGACUUAUACUUAACUGAGCAAGAGUUAAAAUUUGCUAAGGAAUUUUCCGAAGGUUUACAGCAGCACUUUGAAAACAUUUCAAGUUUUUAUCCUAGAUUACCAAGGGACGAGUGGAAUCAAGCAACUGUGAAGCCAAAUAUUCAUAACUUUGUUUUUUUAAAAUCCAAGAGUGAUAUUGACGAUGUAGUUAUAGAUGAUGGAAAGAAUGUGCAAAAUGAUUUGGUUUACUUAAAUCGUGGUUCUCAGGUGAUAAUAUCCUAUAAAAGUGUAGCAACAUUAGUGAAAAGAGGUGAUGUUCAAUUAAUAUAAUGCAAAGAUAAUUUUAAGGUAAUAAAAAGGAAUAUAUUUUUUUAUAUUA